AUGAACCUUGUGUACAAAUUGGCUGCUGGGAUGAGGUUCUUCGUCUAUUGGUGUCUAUUAUCGCCACCUCUCUGCCACAGACCUCCGCUCCUCGUGUUCACGGAUGCCUUCUCCGCCAUUCUUACUUGGCGGCGCGUUCGGCGUGGCGAGGCGUGGAAGGCGCGAAGAAGCGCCGCUGUCUGCAAGCCAAAGCGCGAGGAAGAAGACGACCUCGCUUGA